AGCUAAGCUCGUACUGGCCUUCUUCACGACAGCAAUAUUCCUUCAUUUCGUACAAUUAAUGGAAGACCAGCCACACACAACAUGGGAGGACGAGCAGAAGGGGGGGAAAGAGAAGUUGAAAGCAAUUAUCUGCACCAGACACUCCUAAAGAGGAGCCCAACUCUUCCUUCUAAUCCUUUAGCUAUGGUUGGAGCUAAGGUCACCCACAUGGAGAGCUUGGACUAUGAGAUUAAUGAGAACGAUCUCUUUAAGCAUGAUUGGAGAAGCCGAUCCAGGAUUCAAGUCCUGCAAUAUAUAUUCUUGAAAUGGACGCUCGCCUUCCUUGUUGGUCUUCUAACCGGGAUUGUUGCCACCUUCAUCAAUCUCGCCGUCGAAAAUAUUUCUGGGUUCAAGAUUCUAGCUGUGACUGAUUUGGUUACCAAAAGAAGAUAUGUUUUGGGAUUCCUCUAUUUCACGGGGGCUAAUCUGGCGUUAACCAUGGUCGCUGCGAUCCUCUGUGUUUGUUUUGCACCUACUGCGGCUGGCCCAGGGAUACCGGAGAUCAAAGCUUAUCUGAAUGGUGUUAAUACACCCAACAUGUUUGGUGCUUCAACAUUGAUUGUCAAGAUCGUUGGGAGCAUCGGGGCGGUCUCCGCUGGACUAGAUCUAGGAAAGGAAGGACCUCUGGUACACAUUGGAUCCUGCAUUGCUUCCUUGGUAGGACAAGGUGGGCCAGAUAAUUACCGCCUCAAAUGGCGCUGGCUGCGCUACUUCAACAACGACAGGGACCGCAGGGAUCUCAUCACCUGCGGCGCAGCUUCCGGUGUCUGUGCGGCUUUCCGAGCCCCUCUAGGUGGUGUCCUAUUUGCUCUCGAAGAGAUUGCAACAUGGUGGAGGAGUGUCCUUCUGUGGAGAACUUUCUUCAGCACCGCUGUGGUGGUGGUGGUGCUCAGGGGGUUCAUGGAGUAUUGCAGAUCUGGGAAUUGUGGGCUGUUCGGAGAAGGAGGUCUGAUCAUGUUCGAUGUAAGCUCAGUUUCCGUAAGUUACCAUGCGAUGGAUCUCAUCUCCGUCACUGUGAUUGGAGUUAUUGGUGGGGUGUUGGGGAGCAUAUACAAUUACCUUCUUCAUAAGGUCCUCAGACUCUACAGUCUCGUUAACGAGAAAGGAAGAUUGCACAAGCUUCUCCUCAGUAUCAUGGUCUCCCUAUUUACCUCUGCAUGUCUUUACUUCCUGCCUUUUCUCGCUGGCUGCUCGCGUUGUGAUCCCUCCCUCCCCGACACAGAGUGUCCCACCAACAGCAGGAGUGGAAACUUCAGGCAAUUCAACUGUCCACCUGGCUAUUACAAUGAUCUGGCCACUCUCCUCCACACCAGCAAUGACAAUGCCGUCCGGAACAUAUUCUCCACCUCCACCCAAAAAGAACUCCACCCAUUAUCCCUUAUCAUCUUCUUUGCACUCUACUGUAUCCUGGGUCUCUUCACCUUCGGGAUUGCUGUUCCGUCAGGGCUCUUCCUCCCAAUCAUUCUCAUGGGCUCUGGCUACGGCCGCCUGCUUGGUCUUUUCAUGGGAUCCUACACAAGCAUUGACCAGGGACUCUAUGCUGUCCUUGGUGCUGCCUCCCUCAUGGCCGGUUCGAUGAGGAUGACUGUCUCCCUCUGUGUCAUUUUUCUUGAGCUCACCAACAACUUACUCCUGCUCCCCAUAACCAUGAUCGUCCUGCUCAUUGCCAAAACAGUUGGGGACUACUUCAACCCAAGCAUAUACGAGAUCAUGCUGAACAUGAAAGGCCUACCUUUCUUGGAAGCCCACCCUGAGCCCUGGAUGAGGAACCUCACUGUUGGUGAACUUGCUGAUUCCAAGCCAGCGGUAGUCACCCUUCAUGGCGUGGAGAAGGUCUCACGUAUUGUCGAGGUACUGCGAAACACCAAACACAAUGGUUUCCCCGUGGUUGACCAAGAAGCUAUUUAUCCCUUCGACCCCGUGGGGCUGCGUCUGCCCGCUGCUAGUGCUGGGCCUGGGACAACAGAACUGCAUGGGCUGAUUCUGAGAGCACACCUUCUCGCAGCACUGAAUGAGAAAUGGUUUCUGAGCGAGCCGAGAAGAACAGAAGAGUGGAAAGUAAGAGAGAAAUUUACUUCAGCGGUACUGGCAGAGAGGGGGAGAAAGAUUGAGGAGGUGGCAAUAACGGAGGAUGAGAUGGAAAUGUAUGUAGAUUUGCAUCCCCUUACCAACACCACCCCAUAUACAGUGGUGGAGAGUAUGUCAGUGGCGAAGGCUAUAGUGCUCUUCCGGCAGGUUGGGCUCCGCCAGAUGCUGAUUAUACCCAAGUAUCGAGCAGCCGGGAUCUCUCCUGUGGUGGGAAUUCUGACCAGGCAAGACCUGAGAGCCAGCAACAUUUUAAGUGCCUUCUCUCAUCUAGCAAAAAGUAAGGGACUAGAACGAAAGUGAGUGAUACAUUAUUCAUAACCAGUGAAAAAUUUUCAUUUUUUUUGUAUUCCUUGAACUCUAUCAAUCUUAGAUUCUUUUUUCGUCAAUCAAUAACAAGCCACGAAUACGUAUGCAAAUUUUUCAUCUUUAUAAUUAUUUCCUACCAUGUUUAUUUAUUGGUCAAGAAUAAAUGUAUUCCAGUUUCAUCAAUUCAUCCUAGAGAGAGGGACUGUGUGUGUUAAUUUUUCCAA